GCGAUCGGUAUCGGUUGUGUGCGCUAACGGCUAUCUCGCCGACUCGCUCGAGACGAAAUUCGUGAAAAUGACGAAUGUGCUUAAAUGUAACGCGUGUAAUAUCGUCAUUGAUGAACUGUUGUGCUACAUACAGAACAAACUUUCGGUGAUAGACGACGACACUUUAGUGCGCCUUUGCAGAACAUCGUUUUCCAGCGAAGAAAUCAAAAUAUCGAAAUGUUUAUUGUUUGGUUCUGUGUCGACCAAUCAACGCAAAAUAUCGCGAAAAAACAGUGGCAAGGAGGUUCGAGACCUGGAGGACAUUGUGGCAUUACUACGAUCUGUCGAAAUAGAUAAAGUGCCCGUGUUCGUUGCGCGUAAACUCGAGAACUUACCUCCAAUAACGGUAGAUCAUUUAGAUUGUACAAAACUGUUAAAAGAUCUCGCUAAGAUACAAAAUGAUAUGGCGCUAGUAAAAUCUUCUUAUGCUACAAUAACUCAAGUCGAGGAGCUACGUUUGGAUUUAAAUAACAUGAAAUUUGCGUCAAUACCGCAAUCGCCGUUUAGCAAGGUGAAUGCGAGACGGGGUGCGUGGAUGUAUGAUAGUGGCCCAAUUGGGCUAUCCCACUGUUCCAACAACUCGGAAAAAGAGAACUCUUCCACGUCACAAGUAUCUCCUACUAUACCGCUAAAUAAUAAUAAUAAUAUAAGCAAAAGGCAGUUAUCUCCGAAGAAACAAUCGCCACUCAAAAAUAGUCAAGUAAAGUGCUCCAAUAACAACGAAAUCGCAACAUCGAAUCCGUUAUUAUCCGUUGAGAUGAGUCAUCCGCCUUUACCGGAGAGUGUUGAACCGUGUACGCAAGCGGUCAGUGAAUGUGUAGAUACCCACCGCGCGGCGACAGACAACAGCGGCUACCCGCGCGACCACGACAAUAAUAGUGAAAACGGUGAAUGGAUUAUAAAGACGUAUAAGCGCAAUAAACCGAAUUACCGCUAUGCGGGAAAACGGGGCCUAGCCUGCGAUGCGGAAAGCAAUGUCAAGUUUAGAGCGGCCGAGAGGAAAAUACCAAUUUUUAUCUCAAAUGUUAACAAAGAUUGCCUUGAAUCCGAUAUUAUAAGCUAUGUCAAGGACAAAACACAGGAAAACAUAAUGCUAGAACGACUAAAUAUCAGAAAAAACUCCCAUAAUGCAUUCAAGUUUUUCGUAUCGGAAAGCAAGGAGUCACUUUUCCUGGAUGCUAAAAUAUGGCCGCAAGGCAUAGUAUUUAAGAGAUUUGUGCAUUUUAGACAAGGCACAACGAACAGAAAGUUAUCUGUUGACGGCACACAUAAUAACAUUCAUAAUGAAAAAAACAAAUAACCAACAAUGUAAUAGUGCUGAUGGAUUGGUACAGUUAGUAAGUUUUAAUUGUAAAAACGUAAAGCGGUCAGUGGAUUCAAUACGGCAGUUAUGUCAGUCUUCUGAUGUCAUCGCCUUGCAAGAAACCUGGUUGCGGCCUGACGAUAUACAUUACUUAGCUGAAAUAGACCCACGGUUUGGAUAUACUGGAACCUCAGCGAUAGACACCACGGCUGGCAUGCUUCGUGGGAGACCCUAUGGCGGUGUCGCGCUGAUGUGGAAUAAGAAUGUGUUCCCCGACGUUUCUAUUGUGGAGUGUGAUAACGCGCGCGUAAGUGCCAUAAAAAUUAACCUCGCUCGAGAAUCGUUACUUGUGUUCAGUGUUUACAUGCCUACGGAUAAAAUGGUGAACUUAGUGGAAUUUACGGAUUGCCUUAGCCUGGUGAGUGCUACUAUUAGUAAUGAGGAUGUCCGCUCGGCGUACAUACUUGGAGACUUUAACGCUCAUCCGGACGAACUAUUUUAUAACGAAAUGUUAGAUUUUUGUUCUGAACAAAAGUGGACUUGUGCUGACAUAGAUAUGUUAGGAAUACAAUCAAACACCUACAGUUUUAUUAGCGAGGCUAAUGGGUCUAAGCGCUGGCUAGACCACAUUUUGACAACGGAAUUUGCAACGAAAACAAUUGUAAAUGUUAGCUUUCAAUAUGAUGUAAUGUGGUCAGACCACUAUCCUCUCUGUAUUAAAUGUAACGUUGGUAUUAUUGGAUCCGAGUUAUUAUACGAAAUAAAGCCUGUGACUAAUAAGGUUAUUUGGGGGGAAAGAAAACCCGAACAAGUAGAUCUGUAUAAUAAAAUUUGUCAUGAGCGGCUUGGCCGUAAUAAUUAUUCAAAUAACUUUGAAUCCUGCGGUGACAGUUAUUGUGAUGACAACGGACACAAAAAACUUAUAGAUGCAUUAUAUGCUGAUAUAAUAGAGGUUUUAAGUGAUGCUGCCACUAAUUGUUAUUCGUUGAAACGCGCCUUUAAAAAGAAACCAGUAGUUGGAUGGAACAAACAUGUCCGUGCGGCGCAUUUAGAGGCUAGGGAUAAAUUUAAACUAUGGGUUUGGUAUGGAAAACCUAAAGCCGGUCUUGUUUAUGAUGACAUGCGAAGUAGUCGUAAUGUUUUUAAACAGCGUCUGAAGUGGUGUCAAAACCAUAGCGAACAAAUAAAAAUGGACAUCUUGGCAAGUCAUCAUGAAAAUAAAGAUUUUCGUAGCUUUUGGAAAUCAACUAAGAGGCUGAAUGGCAAACCUAGUCUUCCGGCAAGUAUUAAUGGCAUCAGCGAUC